GAAUAAGCGCUUAAUUAAAUUAAUUAGUCCUUCUUGUCAAUCUCGGAUUAAUGGCCAAUAGCGACGGUGCUGCUUAAUGCUCCCUGUCUCUCUCUGUCUCUCUCUUUCUCUCUCCCGUAACAGUGAAGAAGAAGGGGAAGGGGGGCUCAUCCCGGCAUCCUGAGGGGAGGUAAUUUGCACGGAUCAAGGGGGCAAGGCGCCGCAAAGUAUAAAUAGUGUGACUUCAAUAGAGGAGCACCAGCAGGUUCCCAACUCCGCUACCAAAGGAGGAGGACUAGGCUGAGAAGAUUCUUUCUAUUUAUUUUUCACCUCUUUUUCAGAGUUUGGCACAAGAAGCAGAAGCAGCAGCAGCAAGCAAGCAUCAUCAUCAUUUUUCCCAAAGUGGGGGUCGACUUUAAAACGAGCCACACCAUUGAUGUCUUAAGCAGUCGUGGAGCAAAGAGUGUAUGAGUGAGAGGUGUGUGUGUGCGAGAGAGAGAGUGGUGUGUGUUUCUCAAAGAGGAGAGAGCAGGCAGGGAUGGAAGAGCUCACCGCGUUCGUGUCCAAGUCUUUCGAUCAGAAAGUGAAGGAGAAGAAGGAAGUGAUAACCUACAGGGAGGUGUUGGAGACCGGCUCCAAUCGAGCGGGGAGCAGGGAGUCUUUAUCCGCGGAGCCCGGGAGCCGAGAGGAGGCAGUGGCAGCGGGAGUCACCCGGAACGUGGCGCUCUCGCCGGGCAGGGAAACGGACAUGCUCGGCCCGGAGAGGAUCAGGGACGCUGGGAGUCCCAAACUCAUCGACGGUAAGAGAGCAUGGUGUUCCUAACAUAGGCUGAGGAAACCCACUCACACAGAAGUACAAAGUCCCUUCAGGGAACAGGUUUAUCAAAAAAGAAAAAAAGAGUCAAUUUUUGCUUCGUUUCGGACAGAAAGUGUAGAUUUUCUGCGGACAAAUAAUCUCGAUAUGAGAGUGAGUUCCAACAGCUCUCUAAAAUAAUCAUUUGUGCUUAUUUGACUUGUUUGCCUUUCUUACGCACAGAUAAAGUCAUCCAGUUCAAACACGAAUAUUUUCUUGAAUUAUCAAAUAUAUGUUUGCAGCUGAACUUUGUUUUCCAGCUUAAAACUUUCAUUUCUUUUUUAUUUAUGCAUCACAAAGGCCUGGAGAACAAAUGCAAACACCAAGGCCUUUAUCACGUGUAAAAGUGUUAUUUUUAAUAUUAAAAAGACAAUCCCAAUAUCUUAAAGUUGAUCUGAGAUAAUAGAAGAAGUAAUAAAUGUGCACUGAUUAAGUGCAAGUUUGCAAAAAUCGUUCCAGUUCAGCCAACUUUAUGGAUCCUCGAUAACAACCGAGUUGUUAUAUUUUCUAUUAGACAACAUUGCGAGUAAGCUCUAUAGGCCUAUCUUUAUUUUACUGAAUGGAUUUGUUGAAAUAAAAGGAGAGCUAAUCAAACACCUGACACACAGAUCCCAGCACAUCACGUCCUGUCAUUUCUGCUGGCCUUUGGUGGACAUGCUCUGUGUCAGCUGUGAAAGCAGAAGAAAACAGCUGGAAUACAAAACUAAUGAUUUAAUAUAACAAAUAAUCUUCAGGGUGUAGAUGGAAGAUUUCUUUCUCUCUGUGUUCCUUUAUAUUUUUUAUGUAAAACGAAAAUGGUCGCCAAUCCGAUGACAGAUCAAGGCUUUUUACGCAGCGUAAAUUCACACAAAACAGCAGAAUAUUAAUAAUCCUGCGACUUGUUUGAAUCAAAGCAGUGGUGUUUGGAUGUUUCGGAUUGCUUAUUCUAUAUUUUGAGUAAAAUAAAAGAGAUGCACGGGAGCUCUGUGCAGCCAGGUCACUGCGUUUACUUUAAAAGGCAUUAUCAGAACAUAACAUACGGGAGCAAAUCCACGCAUGUCAGAGAUCUGUGGUAAAAACUGACAUGUGUUCGGCCCGGGCAGCGUGCAGCGUGGUAAAAAGCUGAACAGAUACAAGCCUGUAUUAGACAUCCAGCAGUGGCACAUGCAGCGUUGCAUAUUUAUAAGCAGUAAAUAAUUAAAGAGCUUUAUGUAGCUCUACAAAACAUCCGAGCUCUGAUAGCUCGCUGCUCUUUGAGGGCUGGCAGGGCAUGUAUUGCUUUCUUUCUUUAUUAUCAGGGGUUUUAUGUCUGUUUGGUGGGGAUCGAUAGCAUUUUCUGGCACAGUUUUUUAGCAGGUACUCUGGGAUGUAAUGCACAUUUUGUACCGGUUUGAGAAGAGCUUACAAAUCCACGAGUUAACUGCUGCUAAAAUAAGAUGGUAUCGAGCUGUAUUUGAAAUAAGGUGUGGGAUUUAUCUCAGAUUUAUUCUAGGAUAAGUGCAGAUGAAAAGGUGUGUGCUGAUGUCUCCCCUCUCUGAUGAUGUGCUGCUUUACGCACGCAGGCACCACGGACGUCAAGGAGAGGAAAGAGGACUCGAAGCCCAUCGAGGACGAGACACAGACUAAAAUCAAACAGAGGAGAAGUCGGACUAACUUCACGUUAGAGCAGCUCAAUGAGCUGGAGCGGCUCUUCGAUGAGACGCACUAUCCGGACGCGUUCAUGCGCGAGGAGCUGAGCCAGAGGCUGGGACUGUCCGAGGCCCGAGUACAGGUAAGAGCUGAGCUUCUCUGCUGGGGGAAACAAAUACAGAAAAUAAUUAUGAAAAUUAUAUAAAAUGAGAAUAAAAGAGCGUGAAAAAUAUUUGAAACGUGGGUAAUAAUUACACAAAAGAAGAGAGAUAUUUAGAGGGUUUUGGAGAUUAAUAAUAAUAGGUGAUGAUAAUAUUUAAUAAUUGAAGGCAAGAAGGUGAGUGGAUAUUUUGUGUUCCAGUAAUAAGAGAAUAAAUUAAAAUAAUUAAAGGUAAAUUGCUUAAAAAUAUAAUAAUAAUAAUAAUAAUAAUAAUAAUAAUAAUAAUAAUAAUAAUAAUAAUAAUUUACAGGGUCUAUGCUCCAUUUUUUCUUGGAGAUAAUUUUUACAGUAUGAAAUAGGUUUGAUAACAAACAUAGAUGUAAUUAGAAAAGAUGUUAAAUUAUAAUUUUAGUUAUUAUUCUGCGUUUUCCAAGCAAAAUUACGCACGUGGUAAAAACCAUUUUCAUUAUUUCAAUGACUGUUUUGAAGUUGUGUUGAAUAUUUUUAAGGUAAGAUGGAGCACCUUUUUAAAAUCUUAAAAUCAUUCUUUCUCCCCUAUUUUAUUCUUAUUUUGUUGACUUAAUCCAUGUCUCCAUUUGUCACCGUUAUUGCUUAUUAUUGUCCGAAUUAACAGCAACAAAUAAGCGGUACAAAUAUUUUCCUCCACUUUCACGGUGUCUCCUGUCUGGGAGAGAUGCUGUCGUUUUUCAUGGGGACACACCAUCUGCGCAGAAACCCAGUAAGGCUUCAGGGAAGAGGAGGGGGGGCUCAGUCAGACAUGUCUUGUGUAACAGGAGCAGGAAAGGGAGGGGAUGGAGGAGGGGGGCGAUGAAGAUACACACAACUCAACUAUUCUGAUUUAUCAAAACCCAUUUAACAAGUCCCGAGUUUUUUUGUUUUGUACGAGAAAGAUUUGAGCAUUUGUCGUGCAUUUUGGGAUAGUGGUGGAAAAAGAAACCACAAAACAAGGCCUGAAGGAUCCCAAACUCACCCCUUCAAAAAAAAAAAAAAAGUUAAAGGCUCAAGGCUCUCCCGUCCUGAACGGGAAUCUCCCCAAUAAGGCGCAUUGUGUCCUUCACAAGGCGCACAGCUCGGGGAUUUACAUAAAUUAUGUAUUAUUUUCAACCCAAAUCAAGCAGACCCCUCUUUUCCUACCCCUCUUAUAUCUUUACCACACAUUUAUUUUGAUUUUUGCUUUAAAAUACAAUCAAUAACAGAAGAGCAUUCGCUUUUAUCAUGGCGAUAAAUUAAUCUUGAGGAAUGCGUAAAAGCACUUCCGAUUGACAUGCUCUGCGGUCAAUAAAAGAAGCCAGCUGACAGCUCAAUCAAUAUGAUAUUUCUCUCUGCGUGUUUAUGGACCUGUAAUGUACGUGAGAUUGCAGAUUGACACGCUGUUGUAUUGUGGGCUAAUUUAGGCCGAGCUUUGUCUGCUAGACUCAAAGCACAAUCAUCGUUUAAUCUGUGUUUCAAGGCGUUUUUUUUCCUCUGAAAGUGACGCUCUUCGAUUUUAACAGAAAGGAGAAGUGUGCUGGCUUUGAAGCCGCUUUUCUUUCUGCGUGUUAUGGCGUUGAUAAGACAAAAAACUGCGAGGCUAUUUAAGCGUUUCUCUGACAUGGAUUUUGUGCAGAUAAGGGUAAUUAAUUUCAGCGGUCAUUUAAUGAGAGAGGAAUAGAGAGAGAGAGAGAGAUGCUCUCAGAUCGCCUUGCUCUGAUGUCCAAAAAGCGUAAUAGCGUUGCUGCUAUUCGAUAUCUGAGAGUCCAUUCAACUCUUCAGGGACACUAAUCUAUAGAAAGAUGAAACCAGCGCUGACAAGGUUAUUUAUUAUAGUCCAAUAGAGCUGCACAUUUCCAACAAGAGUGUUUCUAUGCUCCUAAUAAGCUUUUAAUGUCCUCCAUUCUCGUAGAUUUACUACUUUCCAUUUUUGUUCUCCUUCUUCCUCUCCACUCCAUCCCCCUUUCCUCUCCCUCUCUCUCUCUCUUCCUCUCUCUUUCUCGUUGUAGACUAAAUGAAAUAAUUCAGAUCCGGGGUUAAGCAGUGUCAUUAAUAUUUCAGUGCUCCUUUGGGAUAUUGUUUUCUGCGGUUGUUGUCACUUUGAGAGGAAUUACACACGGCCUCACAAGCAGCUGCCAAUCAGCGGCUCUCUAAUUAAUUUCUGUCCCUGCAGGUUUGGUUCCAGAACAGAAGAGCCAAAUGCAGAAAGCAGGAGAACCAGUUACAUAAAGGUAGGCUUUUAUCCUGCAUGCAUGCUCCCAUUAACACAAAACUACACAAGAUUACUUCUAGUUUAUUCGAUUUAAUUUGGAGGCUCAAAUGCACGUAGCAUCCUUCAUCUUUUACGCAUUGUUUACGCACAAAUAGACGCACUGUGGUCUGGGGAUAUUCUCCUCACAAUUAGGCUAUCGUCUGUGCUUUUUUUCCCUUUCUUUUAGGAGUCCUGAUUGGAGCAGCCAAUCAGUUUGAAGCUUGUCGUGUAGCGCCAUAUGUCAACGUGGGGGCUUUACGGAUGCCAUUCCAACAGGCAAGUUACUUUGAAGCGUCUACUCUUAAAACCAGACCAAUCCCCGGACUGCUGUCUUGGCACAGGGUCUGCAUAAGUGCUAGACAGGAGGGGGUAACUAAACUCUUAUUACAGUGACAAAAAAAGCAGUAUGCCAACACAAGGUAGCCUGUACAGCUUAAUUAUAAAAUUCCCUCUAUUGUUUUCUGGAUGAUUUGUGUGCCUGCUUCUCUGGAGUAGCCUCCCCAGUAGUCCAAGAGCAGGAUAAUGAAGGACAUACUUCAUGCGUGUUUUGUCUCACAAUAAGAAGGGAUUAUUAAUAGAGCUUUACACUUGCUUUAAGUUUGAGUGUGUGUGCGCUGAACUGUAAAUUUAUACAGCUUGAUUUAUGUUUGGUGGAGUCCAGCCUAGACAUUAAAGCUCCUCUGUACUACUCUGGGUUAUUUCCUUUAAGGCCAUAGAGUCUAAAGAUCACAAAUCAGCUUUCAUGGUGAACAAAUACAAGAUGAGAUUUGACCUUUGGCCAUCCCAAAGAUGCAGCAAGUCCAACUAUGACCACAAAAAUGAAGUAAACUAGAAAAGCUAGAGUCCAACCUCGAAGUCCAGCUGAGUGAUGGCCUCUUUAACUUCAAGGUCAUCCCGCCUCCUCCCAUCAGUAGACAGUGUUUACAUCUACAUCACUGACACGAGUGAAUGAGCCUCAGACACGCUGCAAAGUUAACGCAUGUUCUCCCCCUUCUCUCUCCACCCGUGCGUCCCGUCCUGUAGGAUAGUCAUUGCAACGUGCCGCCCUUCUCCUUUCAGGUGCAGGCGCAGCUGCAGCUGGACAGCGCCGUGGCCCACGCGCAGCAUCACCUGCACUCUCACCUGGCGGCGCACGCGCCCUACAUGAUGUUCCCCGCGCCGCCGUUCGGACUGCCCCUGGCGACGCUCGCGGCCGAGUCCGCCUCCGCCGCCUCGGUCGUGGCCGCCGCCGCCGCCGCCAAGAACACCAGCAAGAACUCCAGCAUCGCCGACCUGAGACUGAAGGCCAAAAAGCACACGGCCGCGCUGGGACUGUGACGCCAGGUGGCCGGGUGGACGCAAGCCGUGCACGCGCUCUCUGCCAUGUCCGCGCGACUGGGGGAACACUCUGAACACUUUCAAAGUGAGACAAUACAAGGACAAAGUGAGAAAAAAAUAUCCGAGGACUAUAUUUAUGAUUUUCUAAAUGAAGGACGACAAGUAUAACUAUAAAAAUAUAGGCUAUUUAUGAGAUAAAGACAAGACAAUGAAAGAGAAAGACUGACGUGAGAUAGCCCACUCAGAGGUGAGUGACCAUUGGACAAAAGGGAAGCGAGGGCACGCGGGGUGCUUCUCUGCAGCCACUUGGCGUGAAACCCCGAGGAGGAGAAGGAGAAGGAGGAAGUAACUGGGACGGUCGAUUCUUUGUCAAACAAGGCGAACCAUUCUGAGUUGUUUUGAUGUUCGAUUAUAAUUGUGAUGAAUUCAUUUGAACCUUUAUUAUAGAGGCUGGCCUCGUUUCAGACACUUCCUCAGAGCAGGAUAACGAAAAAAGGACACGAUUGAGAGUGUCUCACACUUCUGUUUCUUGCCCAAAACUCCUCACUCCUCUCCCCCUUUUCUCCCAAUUCACUUGUUUUACCCUCCUCUCUCUUCUUUUCUCAUUCCUUUCCCCUCCUCUCUCUCUCUCUCUCUCACUUGAAUGUUUGGCCUAUAUGACCUUGUUUGGACCUCCUCUGGUAAAAGGUGAAACUACAGGCAAGAAACGUGAGAUUACAAUAGGCUAUAUGUGUAGGCUAUAUGCUGAACUUCUUUUGUCAGAAUAACCGGAUGUAGUGUCCAUAUAAGGUGGUGAAUUGUUCCCUUUUAAAGGAUUACGUCAGAAAUGCCAUCUUUAACACAUGCGGUGCAAACAGGAGGACUGUAUGCGAACCGGUACGGGCACGUGUAAAAUAUGUUUAUAAACGAGAAACAUGCAUUAUUUUUAUGAUUUAGUGGCUUUAUGAAUGCCUUGUGGGGAAGUUGUUCAUUUUUGUAUUUUACUUUGAUUCAGUGUAUUAAAAAAAAUCAUGUGCUUUCUGUAUGUAAUUUUGAUGUUUUUAUAACAGUGAAAGUGAUCUUACUUGAGGCACGGGUUUUUAAGAAAAAAGGGGGAAAGAGUAUUCAUGAAAUUGUUUUACUUUUUUCCAUCACAUGUGAAACGUGAAUCCACACAAACAAAAUGUUUUUCGUUCCUACAAUAAAUUAAGGAAAGUUUCUUUAAUGA